CCCCCCCUCAUCGAUCUCUCGCCCUUCCCAGCCUUCCACAGGAUGUCAGAUCCCGGGCCGCGUGGCGGGUCCGCGCGUCGCUAUGACCGCUCUGGUGAUGAUCGCCCUCACUCCGGGAGGGCCGUCGACCCGGGCCGGCACCACGAGCGUGGCCGGGACCGGAGCCGCGAGCGUGGCCGCAGCCGGGACCGUAGUCGGGACCGGAGCCGGGACCGCGACCGCGGCGGCCGCGACCGGAGCCGUGAUCGUGGCCGCGACCGCGAUUAUGAUCGGGGGCGUCCUCGGGGCGGGCGUAGUCGCAGCCGCGACCGCAGCCGCGACAGGUACUACGAGCGCGGCGGCCGGGAUCGUAGCCCCUCACGCAGCGACCGAGACCGUAGCUCCUCGCGCAGUGGCCGCGACCGUAGCCCCUCGCGCCGCGACCGGUCGCCGCACCAGCGCCGCCGCCGGUACUCGCGCAGUCCCUCUCCCCUGCCGCGCUUCGCCGCCCCCAGCUCUUCAGCCUCGUCUCGCGGGGAUGGCCCGGCUGGACGCACCUCCGGGCACCAUGCCAAGCAGACCCCCCACAACCAGGAGCCCAUGUCCGAGGAGGAUGCCAUGAAGGCAUUCCUGGGUUUCAGUGGCUUUUCCUCCACUCAGGGCAAGCAGGUUGCCGGGCAGGUGGACGGCGCGGUGCACGUUCAGAAGAUGCGCACCUACCGCCAGUACAUGAACCGUGUCGGUGGCUUCAACCGGGCCCUGGAUAAUUAGCUCCUCUGUUUUGGGCCUCCCUCCGCUUGUCUCAGCCUAAUACAGGGGUGUAUGUUUGCC